UCGCUUCCUCGCAGCAUCAAGCCAAAAUGUCCGUCAACUCAAUGCGUCUGCUCUGCCUGAUGGCCUGCUGCAUCACCGUCUGCUUGGCCCACCGACCCCUCGCCUACCGCAGCAGCGGCUAUGGCAAUGGCGGCUAUGCUGACUAUGUCAAGCCCUCUGAUACCGCCGAGGCUCAGGCAGCUGCUCUGACCAAUGCCGCUGGCGCAGCCGCCGCCUCAGCCAAAUUGGACGGCACUGACUGGUAUGCCCUGAACCGUUAUGGCUGGGAGCAGGGCAAACCUCUGCUGGUCAAGCCCUACGGCCCACUGGACAAGCUCUACGCCGCUGCCCUGCCCCCACGUUCCUUCGUUGCCGAGAUCGAUCCAGUUUUCAAGAAGAGCCACUACGGCGGACUCUACGGCGACAAGACUGUCGUCCUCAACACUGGCUCCAAGCUGGCAGUCUCUGCUGCCUAA